AUGUCGAAAGAGCGGCUGUCCAAGGAAAAAGUUGAAUCAAAACGAAGAGAAUCGGGAAAGAAAACUCCGCGCAGUGGAAGUGCGGAGACAUCCACUGCUCGAAGCAGCAAGGGCAAGAGUGUGACCGGAGUGUCCCCAUGUGACGGGUCUGUUGAUAGUAAGGAGAUCAGCAAUCAUCUAGUAGCUUUAAAAUAUUAUCAUGGGAUGAUGCCGAGGGAAGAAAUCGAGGAUUUGCUGAAGAAUGACGGGGAUUUCUUGCUCAGAAAGGUAAGUUGUGGUAGAUACAGGACUACUGUAUUGUCGGUUCUAACAGAACCUUGGAUUUAGGCCUAAUCGGCUAAGAAAUGGGCAAUUAAUUAUAUAAUUUUUGACCAAAAUUCACAAACAUUGUCAUCAAAAAAAGUUCCCAAUUUUUCAGACCGAAGUGACGAAGGUCCCGCGAAUCAGCAUUAGUGUGAUGUAUAACAGAAGGAUCCGCCACAUUCUCAUCAGCAACCUCGAGGGCCAAUGGACAAUUAGAGGUGUGAAAAAAAAGGAAAUCUCAGAACUCAUUGAACACCAUAUGAAACAGAAGGUCCCAGUUCAAAGCGACGGUGCUCUUCUUCUGAAUCCAAUCUCCCGACCCGACUUCUACAUGCUUCAUGAUGAUAUUAUCCUUGGCGAUAAACUGGGAAGUGGUGCUUUUGGAGCAGUUCAUAAAGGAGUGCUGAAGAAAGAUGGGAAAACAAUUGAUGUGGCAGUGAAAUUGUUGAAAGGAGCCGUGAAAAAGAGGAACAGAGCCAACUUUAUCAAGGAAGCGCAUAUUAUGUACUUGUUUCAUCAUCGAAAUGUAGUUCAAAUUUAUGGAAUUGCACCACAGGUAAGGGUAGUAUGGCAUUGGCAAAUAACCCAUUAAUGCCUAAAACUGCAAAACGCCCCCUCUAUUUCUAGGAAGAACCUUUAAUGAUCGUCCUGGAACUCUGUCCCGGCGGCUGUCUCCGCAAACAUCUCCAGAAAAACAAGGAUAUCACCGAGAAACGCCUCAUCAGCUACGUCAAAGACGCGGUCCGAGGACUCUGUUAUCUGGCGCUGCGAAGAGUUAUCCAUCGUGAUAUUGCAGCUCGGAACUGCCUUCUAGGCAAAGAAGAUGAUGUCAAAAUCAGCGACUUUGGAUUGUCAUGCCAAGGGGAAAAGUUCAAAAUCGAGAAAGGAAGCAGAGUACCGGUAAAAUGGCUAGCUCCGGAGACCUUCAAGGAUGGAGUUUUCACCUCGAAAACUGACGUUUGGUCCUUUGGCGUCAUGACUUGGGAGAUUUUCAAUCGAUGCGCCACUGAACCUUUCCCAAAAGAUAGCAGUAAGACUGCUCGGGCGAAGAUUUGCAGUGGAAAGACUGCCUUAGAAAUUCCGCCGGAUACCCCUCAGGCAAUGAAAGACCUCAUGAAAAAAUGCUGGAUUCAGGUGAGAAGUGUAAAUUAAAUAACCCAAAAAAGUCACUUGAACGGUGCAAAAAGCACCAAAUUUGAGAGUCCAGAGUGAAAUUUCUUUUCUCACAGUGCAUGCCACCAAAAUCACUCAAGGGACUUUACAGACGAACUAUUCUUGAGCGUGACAUAAACAAUAAUAAUGUUUUCAGGACCCAGAGAUUCGCCCCUCUUUCGAAGAGUUAUUCCAACUUCUGUGCCCAGAUGAGCCCGUCCCAAUCGAAGACGAUAAAAGAAUCCUUGAGGGCAUGGAAGAAAUCACCAAGCACAUUGAGCCCUCCGAAUACAUCUUCAAAAAUCACGGAAUCUUUUGA